AUGUGCAUUUCUCCUGGCCUCCACCACAGCCUCAGUCAGAGCCUCAGUCAGAGCCUCAGUCAGAGCCUCAGUCAGUGCCUCAGUCAGAGCCUCAGUCAGAGCCUCAGUCAGAGCCUCAGUCAGAGCCUCAGUCAGAGCCUCAGUCAGAGCCUCAGUCAGUGCCUCAGUCAGAGCCUCAGUCAGAGCCUCAGUCAGAGCCUCAGUCAGUGCCUCAGUCAGAGCCUCAGUCAGUGCCUCAGUCAGAGCCUCCGUCAGAGCCUCAGUCAGUGCCUCCGUCAGAGCCUCCGUCAGAGCCUCAGUCAGAGCCUCAGUCAGAGCCUCAGUCAGAGCCUCAGUCAGUGCCUCAGUCAGAGCCUCAGUCAGAGCCUCAGUCAGAGCCUCAGUCAGUGCCUCAGUCAGAGCCUCAGUCAGAGCCUCAGUCAGUGCCUCCGUCAGUGCCUCCGUCAGAGCCUCCGUCAGAGCCUCAGUCAGAGCCUCAGUCAGUGCCUCAGUCAGUGCCUCAGUCAGAGCCUCCGUCAGAGCCUCAGUCAGAGCCUCCGUCAGAGCCUCAGUCAGUGCCUCCGUCAGAGCGUCCGUCAGAGCCUCCGUCAGUGCCUCCGUCAGAGCCUCCGUCAGAGCCUCCGUCUGAGCCUCCGUCAGAGCCUCAGUCUGAGCCUCAGUCAGAGCCUCAGUCUGAGCCUCAGUCAGAGCCUCAGUCAGAGCCUCAGUCUGAGCCUCAGUCAGAGCCUCCGUCAGAGCCUCAGUCAGAGCCUCAGUCAGAGCCUCAGUCUGAGCCUCAGUCAGAGCCUCAGUCAGAGCCUCAGUCAGUGCCUCAGUCAGUGCCUCAGUCAGUGCCUCAGUCAGUGCCUCAGUCAGAGCCUCAGUCUGAGCCUCAGUCAGAGCCUCAGUCAGAGCCUCAGUCUGAGCCUCAGUCAGAGCCUCCGUCAGAGCCUCAGUCAGAGCCUCAGUCUGAGCCUCCGUCAGAGCCUCAGUCAGAGCCUCCGUCAGAGCCUCAGUCUGAGCCUCAGUCUGAGCCUCAGUCUGAGCCUCAGUCAGUGCCUCAGUCAGUGCCUCAGUCAGAGCCUCAGUCAGAGCCUCCGUCAGAGCCUCCGUCAGAGCCUCCGUCAGAGCCUCCGUCAGAGCCUCAGUCAGCGCCUCAGUCAGCGCCUCAGUCAGUGCCUCAGUCAGAGCCUCUGUCAGUGCCUCAGUCAGUGCCUCAGUCAGAGCCUCAGUCAGAGCCUCAGUCAGAGCCUCUGUCAGUGCCUCAGUCAGAGCCUCAGUCAGAGCCUCUGUCAGUGCCUCAGUCAGAGCCUCAGUCAGAGCCUCAGUCAGAGCCUCUGUCAGAGCCUCAGUCAGAGCCUCUGUCAGUGCCUCAGUCAGUGCCUCAGUCAGAGCCUCAGUCAGAGCCUCAGUCAGAGCCUCAGUCAGAGCCUCCGUCAGUGCCUCAGUCAGUGCCUCAGUCAGAGCCUCAGUCAGCGCCUCAGUCAGUGCCUCAGUCAGUGCCUCAGUCAGUGCCUCAGUCAGAGCCUCAGUCAGAGCCUCUGUCAGAGCCUCAGUCUGAGCCUCAGUCAGUGCCUCAGUCAGUGCCUCAGUCAGUGCCUCUGUCUGAGCCUCAGUCUGAGCCUCAGUCAGAGCCUCCGUCAGUGCCUCAGUCAGUGCCUCAGUCAGAGCCUCAGUCAGCGCCUCAGUCUGAGCCUCAGUCAGUGCCUCAGUCAGUGCCUCAGUCAGUGCCUCAGUCAGAGCCUCAGUCAGAGCCUCAGUCUGAGCCUCAGUCAGAGCCUCAGUCAGUGCCUCAGUCAGUGCCUCAGUCAGUGCCUCUGUCUGAGCCUCAGUCUGAGCCUCAGUCAGUGCCUCAGUCAGUGCCUCAGUCAGUGCCUCAGUCAGUGCCUCUGUCAGAGCCUCAGUCUGAGCCUCAGUCUGAGCCUCAGUCAGAGCCUCAGUCAGUGCCUCAGUCAGUCAGUGCCUCAGUCAGAGCCUCAGUCAGAGCCUCAGUCAGAGCCUCAGUCAGUGCCUCAGUCAGAGCCUCAGUCAGAGCCUCAGUCAGAGCCUCAGUCAGAGCCUCAGUCAGUGCCUCAGUCUGAGCCUCAGUCAGCGCCUCAGUCAGAGCCUCAGUCAGAGCCUCCGUCAGAGCCUCAGUCAGUGCCUCAGUCAGAGCCUCAGUCAGAGCCUCAGUCAGAGCCUCAGUCAGAGCCUCAGUCAGAGCCUCAGUCAGCGCCUCAGUCUGAGCCUCAGUCACGGACUGAAACUACAGACUAA